UUCCAAAAAAUAAAAAAAAAUUUUCACAAAAUUUCAAUAAUUUAUCCAAUGAAGAUUUUUUUAAAAAUAUUGUUAAUUUUUUUAUUAUUAUUCUGCAACCAUUAUUUAGCUAAUGCUGGUGAACGACUUCCUUUUGAUACUCUAUGGAAAUCAGCAGAAGGGGGUUUACAAAUAUUUGAAGAAGACCAUGAAGAAAACAAAUUAAAUAAAAUUCAAAAAUCAUUUUUUAAUGAAGAAGAAAAUUCAAAUAAAAUUAGAGGAAUAAAUUUACAAAUUUUUUGUUUUGGAAAUGGAAAGAAUUUUCAAUUAGGGUCUUGUAGCUCUACUUUCUUAAAUUGUGGAGAUUUUAAUAAUUUAAAGCAAAAAUUUAAUUUUGAAGAAUGCCCCAUAGGGCAAGUUUUUAUUGGGAAUAAAUGCAAACCAGCCCGUCGUGUUAAAGAUUGUUUCCUCCCUCAAGUAAAUUUACUCAACGAUGCUACCGAAAAAUUGGCACAAGCAGUCCAUUUCUGUGCUCGACAUACACCUUUUACCUCCACAAUUUAUUUCCUCGAUGGACAUUCUACCGAAGAACACUGUUCUAGACAGGCCUUGAUUUGUAGAGGAGCGGCUGCAAAGCCGUUGGCUAUUAGCUGUCCUCCAGGCAGCAAAAUUCUUUUAAUGAAAAAUAUGACAUGUUCAAAAUCACCCCAACAUUGUAACCAAGCAAUUAAAGAAAAUAUAACACCUAUACGUACACAUUUAUUACGACAAUUAUGUGAGGAAAAAGGAGGGGUUCCUCUAUUUCCCCAAUCCUUGAUGAAGGCAAAUGAGGAAAGAUGUAAAAAUUGGUAUGCUGUCUGUGAUGAAUUUAAAGAGCCAGAAUUUGUCUUCUGUGAUGGAGGAAACAUUUUUGACAAAGAAAGGGGGUUGUGUAGGCGCAUACUUCCUGAAGACCAAUGUCCACAUCUUAGCGCGUGCAGGCAACUUAAAAAAUUUUUUUGA